AAUUCACACUCUCUUCCGCUGCAGAGUGCAGACUAAGGUGAACGGGAGAGGCGGUUCAUCCGCACCAAUUACCAAAGACAGACGAGGUUCGGUAUCUAAAUUAUAUUUGUGUAUGUAUAGUGGUAUAUCGUUCUCUUUCGCUGAUAUGCCCAUUGUCGCCUGGGAGAAGAAGCAAAUAUAGAGGAGGAGGAUUGUUGUGGGCGGGGAAGAUCCGUUGUUCCUUAGAGCCUUUGAGUUCGUUUCCCUAUUUCUAUCCCCUUUUGUUUGGUUUCCGAGAUUUCGGGAUGUCGCAUAUAGGCGGUGGUGCGGAAGCACACGCUCGAUACAAGCAGUACGAAUAUAGAGCCAACUCCAGUCUUGUCCUGACCACCGACUCUCGCCCUCGUGACACCCACGAGCCCACCGGCGAGCCUGAGUCCCUCUACGGUAAAAUUGACCCAAAAACCUUUGGGGAUCGUGCGUAUAGGGGUAGACCACCUGAGUUGGAUGAGAAACUCAAGAAGUCUAAAAAAAAGAAGGAACGGGAACCACUUACUUCUGAACCCAUGCCAAGUCGGCAGAGCAAGAAAAGACGCCUUCAGGAAGAAAGUGUCCUGACUUCCACCGACGAAGGGGUUUAUCAGCCGAAGACUAAGGAGACUAGGGCUGCUUAUGAGGCCAUGCUCAGUGUGAUUCAACAGCAGUUGGGUGGUCAACCGCUGAAUAUUGUUAGUGGUGCGGCUGAUGAGAUUUUGGCUGUCCUGAAGAACGACACCAUCAAAAACCCUGACAAGAAGAAGGAGAUUGAGAAAUUACUGAACCCCAUACCUAGCCACAUCUUUGAUCAGUUGGUUUCAAUUGGGAGGCUCAUUACUGAUUACCAGGAUGGGGGUGAUACAGGUGGAUCUGCUGCGCCUAAUUCCGAUGAUGCUCUUGAUGAUGAUGUUGGUGUUGCUGUUGAGUUUGAAGAGAAUGAAGAGGAGGAAGAAGAGAGUGAUCUUGAUAUGGUACAGGAGGAUGAAGAAGAAGAAGAUGACAUGGUGGAUGAGGAUGGUACCGGGGCUAUGCAGAUGGGUGGUGGGAUUGAUGAUGAUGACAUGCAGGAAGCUAAUGAGGGAAUGACCCUGAAUGUUCAGGACAUCGAUGCUUAUUGGCUUCAGAGGAAGAUCUCUCAGGCUUACGAGCAACAGAUUGAUCCACAGCAGAGCCAGAAGCUUGCGGAAGAAGUACUUAAAAUUCUAGCUGAAGGUGAUGAUCGUGAAGUUGAAACCAAGCUGUUGGUGCAUCUCCAAUUUGAUAAGUUCAGCCUCAUCAAGUACCUGUUGCGAAACCGGCUGAAGAUUGUGUGGUGUACACGUCUCGCUAGGGCUGAGGACCAAGAGGAGAGAAACAAAAUUGAAGAGGAAAUGAUGGGUCUGGGGCCAGAUCAUUCUGCAAUUCUGGAGCAAUUGCAUGCCACAAGGGCCACUGCAAAAGAGAGGCAAAAAAACUUGGAGAAGAGCAUAAGAGAAGAGGCUCGCCGCUUGAAGGAUGAGAGUGGUGGAGAUGGGGAUCGGGAGCGAAGGGGACUAGUGGAUAGAGAUGCGGAUAGUGGUUGGUUGAAGGGGCAGCGCCAGCUGCUUGAUCUUGACGGCCUUGCAUUUCACCAAGGUGGUCUGUUGAUGGCGAACAAAAAGUGUGAGCUUCCUGUGGGAUCUUAUAGGAAUCAUAACAAGGGAUAUGAAGAGGUUCAUGUGCCAGCAUUGAAGCCGAAACCACUUGCACCCGGUGAAGAGCUGAUAAAGAUUUCUGCUAUGCCAGACUGGGCACAACCCGCAUUCAGAGGGAUGACCCAGUUGAACAGAGUCCAAAGCAAAGUUUAUGAUACUGCCCUUUUCACAGCAAAAAAUAUUCUACUGUGUGCUCCCACUGGGGCAGGGAAGACCAAUGUUGCAAUGCUCACCAUACUUCAGCAGAUUGCAUUGCACAGGAAUGAAGAUGGGUCUUUCAACCACAGCAAUUAUAAGAUUGUCUACGUGGCACCAAUGAAGGCCCUUGUUGCUGAGGUGGUUGGUAAUCUCUCUAAUCGUCUGCAGCAUUAUGGUGUUCAGGUGAAGGAGCUCAGUGGGGACCAGACACUGACUCGUCAACAAAUUGAAGAAACUCAUAUUAUUGUCACAACCCCAGAGAAGUGGGAUAUCAUAACCAGAAAGUCAGGUGAUCGUACCUAUACGCAGCUUGUAAAACUUCUUAUUAUUGAUGAGAUUCAUCUUCUACAUGAUAAUAGAGGACCUGUACUGGAAAGUAUUGUUGCAAGAACUGUUAGGCAAAUUGAGACGACAAAAGAGAACAUUCGACUAGUUGGGUUAUCAGCUACGCUCCCUAACUAUGAAGAUGUGGCAUUAUUUUUGCGAAUUGAUUUGAAGAAGGGACUCUUCCAUUUUGACAAUAGUUACAGACCUGUCCCUCUUGCUCAACAGUAUAUUGGAAUCACAGUAAAGAAGCCACUGCAGAGAUUCCAGUUGAUGAAUGAUGUAUGUUAUGAUAAGGUUAUAAGUGUAGCUGGAAAGCAUCAGGUUCUUAUUUUUGUCCACUCAAGGAAAGAAACAGCAAAAACAGCUCGUGCAAUUCGAGAUGCUGCACUUGCUAACGACACUCUCGGUAAAUUCUUAAAGGAGGAUGGUGCUAGCCGUGAAAUUCUUCAAAGCCAUACAGAUCUGGUCAAGAAUAAUGAUCUUAAAGACCUGUUGCCCUAUGGUUUUGCAAUUCAUCAUGCAGGGAUGGUUAGGACUGAUCGUCAGCUUGUUGAGGAGCUAUUUGGUGAAAAACAUGUGCAAGUUUUGGUUUCCACAGCAACUCUUGCUUGGGGUGUCAAUUUGCCCGCUCACACUGUUAUUAUAAAAGGCACACAGAUCUACAAUCCUGAAAAAGGAGCAUGGACUGAGCUUAGUCCUCUGGAUGUCAUGCAAAUGCUUGGUCGUGCAGGGAGGCCUCAAUACGAUUCCUAUGGGGAAGGAAUAGUUAUAACGGGACAUAGUGAACUGCAGUAUUAUCUAUCCUUGAUGAAUCAGCAGCUUCCUAUUGAAAGCCAGUUUGUGUCCAAAUUGGCUGAUCAGUUGAAUGCAGAAAUUGUCCUUGGAACUGUUCAAAAUGCUAGAGAAGCAUGCAAUUGGCUCAGUUAUACUUACCUGUAUGUUCGCAUGUUACGAAAUCCUACGCUUUAUGGCUUAGCGCCUGAUGCUUUGACACAGGAUAUAUUAUUGGAGGAGAGAAGAGCAGAUUUGGUUCAUUCUGCAGCUACAAUAUUAGACAAAAAUAACCUGGUUAAGUAUGAUAGAAAAAGUGGGUAUUUCCAGGUCACUGACUUGGGUCGCAUUGCUAGCUAUUAUUAUAUAACUCAUGGGACCAUAGCCACAUAUAAUGAGCAUUUGAAACCAACAAUGGGUGAUAUUGAGCUUUGCCGGUUGUUCUCCCUCAGUGAAGAGUUCAAAUAUGUGACUGUGAGACAAGAUGAAAAGAUGGAACUGGCAAAGCUUUUAGAUCGCGUUCCAAUUCCCAUUAAGGAGAGUCUAGAAGAACCUAGUGCCAAGAUUAAUGUUUUACUCCAAGCAUAUAUUUCACAGCUAAAGCUUGAAGGACUUUCCCUGACGUCUGACAUGGUGUUCAUAACUCAGAGUGCUGGACGUCUCAUGCGAGCUCUUUUUGAGAUUGUUUUGAAAAGAGGAUGGGCUCAAUUAGCUGAGAAGGCUUUAAAAUUGUGCAAAAUGGUUAACAAGAGGAUGUGGAGUGUCCAAACACCGCUCCGCCAAUUCCAUGGGAUUCCAAAUGAAAUUCUGAUGAAGUUGGAGAAGAAAGAUUUGGCUUGGGAAAGGUAUUAUGAUCUCUCUUCACAAGAGAUAGGUGAGCUCAUUCGUGUCCCCAAGAUGGGAAGAACACUUCACAAGUUCAUUCACCAGUUCCCCAAACUUAACCUGGCAGCACAUGUUCAGCCAAUUACUCGCUCAGUUUUAAGGGUUGAACUCACAAUCACACCAGACUUUCAGUGGGACGACAAAGUCCAUGGGUUUGUAGAGCCGUUUUGGGUGGUUGUGGAGGAUAACGAUGGGGAAUAUAUUCUUCAUCAUGAGUAUUUCAUGCUGAAGAAGCAGUAUAUUGACGAGGACCACACUUUGACUUUCAGUGUCCCAAUCUAUGAACCUCUACCUCCUCAGUACUUCAUUCGUGUUGUGUCGGAUAGAUGGCUUGGUUCACAGACUGUUUUGCCUGUUUCUUUCAGGCACCUUAUUUUACCAGAAAAGUAUCCUCCACCCACUGAAUUAUUGGACUUGCAACCACUGCCAGUGACUGCCUUAAGGAAUCCUUCAUAUGAAGCCCUUUAUCAAAAGUUUAAGCACUUCAAUCCUGUCCAAACUCAGGUUUUCACUGUCUUGUACAACACAGAUGAUAAUGUCUUAGUUGCAGCGCCAACUGGCAGUGGGAAGACUAUAUGUGCCGAGUUUGCGAUCCUGAGGAAUCAUCAGAAAGGACCUGAGAGUUUCAUGCGUGCUGUGUAUAUUGCUCCUAUUGAAGCUCUUGCUAAGGAACGGUAUAAUGAUUGGAAGAGGAAGUUUGGAGAGGGUCUUGGGAUGAGGGUGGUUGAAUUAACUGGGGAAAUGGCCACGGACUUGAAACUGCUUGAGAAAGGUCAAGUAAUAAUUAGCACUCCUGAUAAAUGGGAUGCUUUAUCCCGCCGCUGGAAGCAGCGGAAGCAUGUUCAGCAGGUUAGUCUUUUCAUCAUUGAUGAACUCCAUUUGAUUGGCGGUCAGGGUGGUCCUGUUGUGGAGGUCAUAGUUUCUAGGAUGAGAUAUAUUGCAAGUCAGGUUGAGAACAAGAUUCGUAUAGUGGCUUUGUCAACUUCCCUUGCAAAUGCCAAGGAUCUGGGGGAAUGGAUUGGAGCUACCUCUCACGGCCUUUUCAAUUUUCCACCUGGCGUCAGGCCUGUGCCUCUGGAAAUACACAUUCAGGGCAUCGACAUUGCUAACUUUGAAGCGAGGAUGCAGGCAAUGACAAAACCAACAUAUACUGCAAUUGUCCAGCAUGCCAAGAAUGGGAAACCUGCCAUUGUGUUUGUUCCUACCAGGAAGCAUGCACGCCUCACUGCUGUGGAUCUUAUGACAUACUCAAGUGUGGACAGUGGAGAGAAACCAAUAUUUUUAUUACAAUCUGUGGUAGAUCUGGGUCCUUUCAUUGACGAGAUCAAGGAACCUAUGUUGAAAGAGACUCUGAAAUAUGGUGUGGUCUACUUGCACGAGGGCUUAAGUACUACAGAUCAAGAUAUAGUGAAGACACUGUUUGAAGCUGGACGGAUCCAGGUUUGUGUGAUGAGUAGUUCGAUGUGUUGGGGAGUGCCCCUCUCUGCACAUUUGGUGGUUGUUAUGGGAACUCAGUAUUAUGAUGGCAGGGAAAAUGCUCAUACUGAUUACCCAAUCAGUGAUUUGUUACAGAUGAUGGGUCAUGCCAGUCGACCUCUUAAAGAUAAUUCUGGAAAGUGUGUCAUCCUUUGCCAUGCACCACGUAAAGAAUACUACAAAAAGUUCUUAUAUGAAGCAUUCCCAGUUGAAAGCCAUUUGCACCAUUAUCUGCAUGAUAAUUUGAACGCAGAGGUGGUUGUUGGAGUCAUUCGAAAUAAGCAAGAUGCUGUGGAUUAUCUCACUUGGACAUUCAUGUAUAGGAGGCUUGCUCAGAAUCCAAACUACUACAAUCUUCAAGGUGUUAGUCACAGGCAUCUUUCUGAUCACCUGUCAGAGCUUGUGGAGAAUACACUGAGUGAUUUGGAAGCGAGUAAAUGUGUUGAAAUUGAGGAUGAUUUUGUACUUUCUCCGUUGAACCUGGGCAUGAUAGCUUCGUAUUAUUAUAUAAGUUACACAACAAUUGAACGUUUCAGUUCUUCUUUGACAUCCAAAACAAAACUGAAGGGCCUCCUAGAAAUUCUGGCUUCGGCUUCAGAGUUUGAGCAACUUCCAAUUCGACCGGGAGAAGAGGAGUUGAUUCGGAAGUUGAUUUAUCACCAGCGAUUUUCCUUUGAGAAUGCCAAAUACGCAGACCCACAUGUGAAGGCAAAUGCACUGCUGCAAGCUCACUUCUCUAGGCAAUUGGUGGGAGGAAAUCUAUCCUCUGACCAGCAAGAGUUACUCAUAUCUGCCAGCAGGCUGCUUCAAGCAAUGGUUGAUGUUAUUUCCAGCAAUGGGUGGCUUAGCCUUGCUCUUCUUUCUAUGGAAGUGAGCCAGAUGGUGACCCAGGGCAUGUGGGAGCGUGACUCCAUGUUGCUUCAACUUCCACACUUCACUAAGGAUUUGGCUAAGAAGUGUCAAGAGAACCACAGCAAGAGUAUAGAGACAGUGUUUGAUUUGGUUGAGAUGGACGACGAUAAGCGACGGGAUCUCUUGCAACUGUCUGACCCUCAGUUGAUAGAUAUUGCAAGGUUUUGUAAUCGUUUUCCUAACAUUGACUUGACAUAUGAUGUGCUGGACAGUGACAAUGUGAGGGCUGGAGAAGAGGUCGGUGUGCAUGUGACCUUGGAACGAGACCUUGAAGGGAGGGCAGAAGUUGGACCCGUUGAUGCCCCUAGAUAUCCUAAAGCCAAAGAGGAAGGAUGGUGGCUUGUGGUUGGUGAUACUAAAAGUAAUCAGUUACUUGCCAUCAAAAGGGUUACCCUGCAAAGGAGGGCAAGGGUCAAGCUAGAUUUUACUGCUCCUGCAGAAGCCGGAAAGAAGACCUACACCCUGUAUUUCAUGUGCGACUCAUAUAUGGGUUGUGACCAGGAAUACAGCUUUAGCAUUGAUGUCAAAGAAGCAGCAGGCCUGGAUGAUGACAGUGGAAGAGAGUGAGUGAAAUGCUCUGGUGUCACAACAUAUCCUGGACUACUUGAACUGAUUCAAGUUGGCAAAAGGUGGUUAGUGUUUUUGGUGGUGUUGGUACGGUUUCAUUACUCCUGUUAUUGCUGAACUUGUCGCUGUCUUGAUCCUGUGAUGUAGCUUGUCAUAUUACUGUUUUUUUUUUUUUUCCCUCUACUUGAAAUGAUAUGAUGUUGAUAUGAUGUUUUUAAAUUGUUCUUUUUAAAGUAAAACAUGGAUUGUUUUUGAG